UGCUGACCAGGCACUCCCACCCUCUAUAAAUGAGGCAGCUCUGGACGUCUGGAUGAACUGAUAGCCCUCCAACACAGCAUCUUGAGACUCCAACUGAAACUGCACCUCAUUCUUUUUGGAACGAGCUGAGUCUCGACUAAGGUGCCAUCAUGAGCACGGACGCAGAGAUGGAGGCCUAUGGGCCUGCAGCCAUCUAUCUCCGGAAGCCGGAGAAGGAGAGGAUUGAGGCCCAGACUGCUCCAUUUGAUGCCAAGACAGCUUACUUUGUGGCUGAUCCUGAUGAGAUGUAUCUUAAGGGAAAACUGGUCAAAAAGGAGGGUGGCAAAGCCACGGUUGACACAGAUACAGGAAAGAGUAUCACUGUAAAAGAGGAUGACAUCCAUCCCAGGAACCCUCCAAAGUUUGACAAGAUUGAGGACAUGGCCAUGAUGACCCACCUCAAUGAGCCUUGUGUGUUGUAUAACCUCAAAGAGCGUUAUGCAUCAUGGAUGAUCUACACCUACUCUGGGUUGUUCUGCGUCGUCGUGAAUCCCUACAAGUGGCUUCCUGUGUACGAUGCUGUUGUUGUCCUUUCAGAAUGGAAGCAAAAGUAUGAGGAGGGCCAGGCAGAGCUGGAGGGAGCCCAGAAGGAGGCUCGUUCUCUCAGCACUGAGCUGUUCAAGAUGAAGAACUCCUAUGAGGAGGCUCUGGAUCACCUGGAGACCAUGAAGAGAGAGAACAAGAACCUGCAGCAGGAGAUCUCUGAUCUGACUGAGCAGAUUGGGGAGACUGGAAAGAGCAUCCAUGAGCUGGAAAAAGCCAAGAAGACUGUGGAGACUGAGAAGUCUGAAAUUCAGACAGCUUUAGAGGAAGCUGAGGGCACCCUGGAGCAUGAGGAGGCCAAGAUUCUCCGUGUUCAGCUUGAGCUGAACCAGGUCAAAGGUGAGGUUGACAGGAAGCUGGCAGAGAAGGACGAGGAGAUGGAGCAGAUGAAGAGGAACAGCCAGAGGGUGAUUGACUCCAUGCAGAGCAAUCUUGAUUCUGAAGUCAGGAGCAGGAAUGAUGCCCUGAGAGUCAAGAAGAAGAUGGAGGGAGACCUGAAUGAGAUGGAGAUUCAGCUGAGCCAUGCCAACAGGCAGGCUGCUGAGGCCCAGAAACAACUGAGGAACGUCCAGGGACAGCUCAAGGAUGCCCAACUGCACCUUGAUGAUGCCGUCAGAGGACAGGAAGACAUGAAGGAACAGGUUGCCAUGGUGGAGCGCAGAAAUGGUCUGAUGGUGGCUGAGAUUGAGGAGCUGAGAGCUGCUCUGGAACAGACUGAGAGAGGACGCAAAGUGGCUGAGCAGGAGCUGGUUGAUGCUAGUGAGCGUGUCGGCCUGCUUCACUCUCAGAACACCAGCCUUCUGAACACCAAGAAGAAGCUGGAGUCUGACCUUGUCCAGGUCCAGGGUGAGGUGGAUGAUGCUGUUCAGGAAUCAAGAAAUGCUGAAGACAAAGCCAAAAAGGCUAUCACUGAUGCUGCCAUGAUGGCUGAGGAACUGAAGAAGGAGCAGGACACCAGCGCUCACCUGGAGAGGAUGAAGAAGAACCUGGAGGUCACAGUCAAGGACCUGCAGCACCGUCUGGAUGAGGCUGAGAACCUGGCCAUGAAGGGUGGCAAGAAGCAGCUCCAGAAACUGGAGUCCAGGGUGCGUGAGCUUGAAACUGAAGUUGAAGGUGAGCAGAGACGUGGAGCUGAUGCUGUCAAAGGAGUGCGCAAAUAUGAGAGGAGAGUGAAGGAGCUGACCUACCAGACUGAGGAGGACAAGAAGAACGGUCGAAGACUUCAGGAUCUGGUGGACAAGCUUCAGCUCAAAGUGAAGGGUUACAAGAGACAAGCUGAGGAGGCUGAGGAGCAGGCCAACACCCACAUGUCCAGGCUCAGAAAGGUUCAGCAUGAGCUGGAGGAAGCUCAAGAGCGCGCUGACAUCGCUGAGUCCCAGGUCAACAAGCUGAGAGCCAAGAGCCGUGAUGCUGGAAAGACUGAAAGUGCUGAAUAA